AUGUCCGACACAGCUCAACAGACCCGCUACGUUACACCUGCAGACCACCAACAAUUUGUCCAAGAUGUGCUGGUUGCGAACGGUGUGCCAAAAGACAAUGCAGUGAUAAUAUCUCACUGUCUUCUGCAAGCCGAUCUACGAGGCGUGGACACCCACGGCGCAAAUCGGAUCCCGUCGAACAUCGAAAGAAUCCGCCACAAGAUUCUCGACCCUACUGCUGAGCCCCAACUACGCCAGGUCACCUCGGUCGCCGCACAGGUCGACGGGAAAAAUGGCUUUGGGUUUCUCGCCGCCGACAUGGGCAUGCAGCGCGCCAUAGAAAUGGCACAAGAGGCUGGCAUUGGCCUGGUCUCCGUGAAACAUUCCAACCACUACGGCAUGGCCGCCUGGAUUGUCCAGAAGGCCAUUGAUGCGAACAUGAUGGCGCUCGUCUUCACGAACUCAUCGCCUGCCCAGCCAGCCUGGGGGAGUCGCGAGAAGCGGAUGGGUGUGUCUCCUCUCGCGUGUGGCGCCCCGGCUCAGAAUGAUGCUCGGCCUUUUAUUCUCGACAUGGCCCCCUCGGUGGUCGCCCGGGGUAAGAUUUACAAGGCGCUUCGUCGGGGCGUGUCUAUCCCCGGCGACUGGGCCCUCGACAGCGAGGGCAAGCCGACGACCGAUCCUGCGCGCGCUCUGGAGGGGGUGAUGUUGCCGAUGGGAGGCCCGAAGGGUUCUGCGCUUUCCAUCAUGAUGGAUGUGUUUUCCGGAGUCUUUUCUGGUUCUGCCUUUGCUGGACAUGUCGGGGGCCCUUACGACUUUUCCAAGACGGCUGAUGUGGGCCAUUUUUUUGUGGCUAUCAAGCCCGACCUCUUCAUGUCGUUGGCUGAGUUCAAGUCUCGUAUGCAGUACUUGUAUGAGCGGGUCACCACGGGCGUGAAGGCGGAGGGUGUAGAUCGAAUCUAUUUCCCCGGCGAAAUCGAACUUAUGAACAAGGAAAAGCGGCUGCAAGAAGGCAUUCCAUUCACCCAGCCCGAGAUUGAUGCCAUGAACAAGGAGGCAGAGCGGGCGGGAGUGCCUUUGCUGAAAUACUCAUGA